AUUGUCACUAAGGACAACUGCCUCUCCGUUCGGAUACACGUUAACUUUACGACAGGUCAGCUAUUCUGUUAAAUUAAUGACAUUUUAGUUUGGAGUUAAAGACCCGUCUUUUCACGUGUUGUCAACAGACUGUGUUGUCACGCGGGACCUUUAUUUUGAACACCCAGACGACCGUCCGUCCGCAAUAACCCGGAAGCAAAGGAAAAAGUGUUUUGGAUAUUUUAUACAAGCCUGCUCUCGUUCUCGCUUACCAAAUCAGCCUUUCCUACCGGCAAUUGAUGUUUGGUCUGGCCGGAAAGAAUGUUGCCGAGACCAUACAUCUUCUCCCAUAAUGAUGGGCCAUCUAGUCAUUUAUUCCAGCACGUUCUACCUCACAAUGUGUCCCAGCAACAAAGAAUUGAAGCCCAUCUGAAUUCAACCAACAAUUUUAUUGGUCCACCAAUGAAUGCUCCCCGCUUCAUUCCCACUUACCAGUGGACACCAGUGGAGCUGUCUGAUGUUGCUUGCAGUCCAAAUGGACCAAUGGGAAACAAUAGAAAGAGAAGGAUACAAGAUAACAGUGAUAUUAACCUAAAGAGGCAGCGCUUCAGUUGUCCAAGUCCUCACAACCAGUCUGCUAGAAAUUCCAACUUUACCUCACAGCCAGUGACAAGACCAGUGACGGGCAGAGAGGUUACAUGCCCUACAUGCUCAUCUGCCACUUUUAUACCAGGAGGCUGUGUGCCAUCUUUGGGAGAGACAUGCCAUCAGAAUGCUUUUUCACCAUCAUCAGUCAAAGAUAAGCAGUCUGAUGAUCUGGAGAAGAAGGAGAGCUGCCGUGCAGCACUGCAGACUGACAUACAGAAAAUUUUCCCAUGUGCAAAAGUCUUCUUGGGCGGCUCAUCUUUGAAUGGCUUUGGUAGUCGCAGCAGUGAUGCUGAUCUUUGUCUUGUCAUUGAAGAGGGACCUGUAAACCACAGGAAAGAUGCUGUGUAUGUUCUUAGUCUUGUGCGAAAAUUGCUUUACAAACUGUCUUACAUUGAGAAGCCGCAGCUCAUCAGAGCCAAAGUGCCCAUUGUGAAAUUCAGGGACAGAAUCAGUGGAGUGGAGUUUGAUUUGAACUUUAACAACACUGUUGGGAUCAGAAACACCUUCUUACUGCGGACCUACGCCUUUGUUGAAAAACGUGUUCGUCCAUUAGUCCUUGUAAUAAAGAAAUGGGCAAAUCACCACUGCAUCAAUGAUGCCAGCCGAGGAACGCUUAGCAGCUAUACACUGGUUCUUAUGGUCCUACAUUACCUUCAGACUCUUCCUGAACCAGUCAUCCCAUGCCUUCAAAGAGAUUACCCUACUUGCUUUGACCCUAAGAUGGACAUUCAUCUUGUGCCAAGCGGACCAAGCGAUAUACCUGCUUUUGUAUCUAGAAAUCAGUCGUCACUGGGAGACUUGUUCCUAGGUUUCCUGAGAUACUACGCCACUGUUUUCAAAUGGGACAAGCAAGUGAUCUCUGUGCGGAUGGCAAGAACCCUGCCCAAAAGCAAUUGCAAAGAAUGGAAAGACAAGUUCAUCUGUGUAGAAGAACCAUUUAAUCGUACCAACACAGCCAGAGCCGUCCAUGAGAGAAUGAAGUUUGAAGCCAUUAAAGCUGCAUUCAUUGAGUCCUACCGGCUUCUGCAGCUCAGAAAAGAUCUCAACUUCAUCCUGCCCAAGAGCAAACAGAUGGCAAGACCUCAAACUGCCCCCAGAUAAAUCGCAAUGGAUUAAACCUGGAGUUUUCAGUUGCUUUUUGUACAUUGUGAAAAGAACAGCGUUACCUGUUACAAAAAGCGUUUGGGUGUGUUGGACCUUUGGGAAUGUGUUGAAGCAAAUCCACUGAGCUGACAAGGGUUGUAAUCUGGUCAUCUCUGAGCAUGAGUAUGUGUGAAAUGUUCAUGUAACAUCAGACACUAAGCAAUAUCUUUUGCCCAUAUGGUAUGCAGUUAGCAGGAGAUGGACACUAGUUUGCUGUUGCAAAAAGAGGGAUUUUGGGGGUUUAUUAGCCAAUAUAACCCUUUUCCUGAAAUCAUAGUAAAACGGCAACAUGAAAAAUCCAUCAAUCUUUCUUUAAACAGACAAAGUUCCUGUUAAUUUUCAUUAAAAAUAAAAAAUGGUAAAUACAAAUGUUUUUCUGGCAGAUGAAUUUUACCUGAACAUUUUCAGUGAUCGGUUUUCUAUUUGUUUUGUCAUGUUUUGUACAGUCUUUUAAGUGUUUAUUUAAAUGAAUAAAAUGUUACAAUGGAAUUAUA